AUGGCUUCCUCUAACAUGACCAACGUGCCCAUUGACCACCGCAGUCUCGAUGAGAUAUACACUGCAGCACAGAAAGAGACUGGUCCCCUCGUUAUCGCUUCAGGCGGUGACUCUCAGGCCCAAUGGGAUGGCUUCCGCAACAUGUUCACGAAGCGUUUUCCGAAGAUCAAACUCGAUCUCACCGUCGACUUUUCGAAAUACCACGAUUGUCGUGCUGAUCGAGCGAUUGCCAAGGGCGAACAUUAUGCGGACGUGAUCUUCCUGCAAGCCUUGCAUGAUUAUCCACGUUGGAAGCAAGAGGGUCGACUUCUUCUGUACAAGCCGCCAAAUCAUACCAAUAUCUACCCUUCCCACAAGGACCACGAUGGUGCAUAUUACGGAGCCGCCGUUUGGAGCUUUGGGAAGUUUCUGUACGACAACACGCGCCUCAAAGCAUCAGAGCUGCCAAAGUCCUACGCAGAUCUGCUUGAACCCAAAUGGAAGGGAAAGCUGGUCCUGACCUACCCGAAUGAUGAUGACGCCGUCAAUUAUCUGUUCUCCAUCGUCGUCGGACGAUACGGAUGGGAUUGGCUGGAGGCCUUGAACAAGCAAGAUGUACAGUGGGUGCGCGGCACGGCCACACCAGGCUACAUUCUUGUGGAAGGUCGUGAUCAAUCCAAGACUCAAGGCAACCCCCGUCCUAAAGAGUACUUGGCAGAUAACGCGUCGCGUGUCCUGUCUUUCACAACCGCCGGGUACCCUAUGUCAGACUCGUCGCUGAGUUGGGGCAACCCAGACCCGCCAGAGCAGUACAUGGCGUGGACCCAGACCGCUGCAAUCUUUAAGAGCACAACCCGCCCCGAAACCGCAAAGCUUUUCAUGGCUUUCAUAACCAGCCAGGAAUUUCAGACUGCGAUGAGCGGCGGCGGCACUCUGCCGACCCUAGACAUGAGUAUCGACAGGAGGAACGGUGUUAACCCCAUCGAUGAAUCGGAAAACACUCAGGCUAAUGGCUAUGCGUUGUUCACCAAUAACCGGCCCAUGGUGGAUUGGUUCAAGAUGCAGUUCGAGACAACACUCGGCACUCCGCAGGGAGUGAGUCCACUUGACGUGUACGGUUUCGAGGAUGUAAGGGCGCUCUAG